CUAGCAAGUGUUCACCAAGAUCUUAUCGAAGGCCAUGGUGGGGCCGCCAGUGUAGCAGUUGGGCGACCAUCCGGCGGACACGUCGGGGUUGUUGUAGCAGCUGGAGCCGUACUGGCAGAAGGCGACGCCGCAGGCGGAGGCACCGCCGGCGAUCUGACCGCUGGCCCAGGUGUAGCCGUACUGGUAGACCUGGUUGCCGGCGCCGGUGUCGUAGGCGAUGGUCUCCUGGUGGAAGGUUCCCGUGCAGUCGUCGCCGGUCCACAGGUUGACGGUGACGUACUGGGAGCUGGCCAGGGCGCCGGUGGCGGCGAAGAGGGCGGUGGCGAGGGUCUUGGAGAGCAUUCUUUUUCGUUGAUUGGGUUGGAUGGAGGAGAAGUAGG